AUGCAAUUUAGCCUUUAUCAACAAUUUUUAUUAAACAAAAAAGGAUCACAAAAAGCAAUAGAUGCCGAAUUGCGUAUUUCACUCUCAUUUUUGGACAGUCGAGUAAAACAACUAGAAACUCAAGCAGUAGAUUUAUUUAGAAAUUCUGGGCAAAAUAUUGGUGAAAUGAAAAGAAUGAUUUUAGGGUGUAUUGGAUCAAAUGCAAUGAGUUUUGAAAAUUAUUUUCUUGAAUCUUUAGAUAGUAAUUCUAUGUUAAAAAGUAUUUGUCUUUUAAUAAAAAAUAUGUGGAUAAUAAUUCAAAGAAUAAAUAAAUAUAAUUUAAAAACAGAAUAUUUUGGACAAAUAAUUAAAGAAAUAAAGAAAAUAAAAACAAAAAGAGAAUUUAAAGAAAAAAUAAUUUUUGAAGAUUUGUUGAAUUGGGAGGGGAAAGAAUGUGAGGAUAAAGAAGAACAAAAAAUAACAUUUUUGGAACAACGUGUACUUUUACAGAAUGAACACAAAAAUUUUUUUGAAAAUAAUAAAAUUAUUUUAUUAGAAAUUCCGGGAAUUAAAACUCGUUUAGAAGAAUUAAUUCCAAAUUUUAAAUUAAAAUAUUUUAUUAAAAAUAAUAUUUUUGAUAAUAAUUUUGAAUUAAAUGAACAUUUUUAUUCAAUAAUUUUUGGAAAAAAUAAAAAUAUUUUUUGCAAAAUAUUUUGGGAAUUAAAUAUUUUAUUUGUGGAAAAAAUAUAA